AUGAAAAGACCACAAAAAUCAAAGAAAAGGGUUCGCAAGAAACAACGGAUUGCUGAACAUCAAGAAUGGUGGGAAAGAGAAGAAGAUGAUGAAAGAGAGUUUCCAAAAUGGAUGACUCAUUACUGUAGUGAUCAUCAAAUACUUUUGGUGGGUGAUGGCGAUUUCUCAUUCUCUCUUUCCCUCGCUAAAGCUUUUGCUUCUGCUUCAAACAUUGUUGCUUCUUCCCUUGACACCUAUGACGAGGUUAUCAAGAAGUACAAGAAUGCUAAGUCAAAUCUAGAAGAAUUGCAGAAGCUGGGAGCGUGCUUGUUACAUGGAGUUGAUGCUACAAGAAUGAAGCUUCGUCCAGAUUUAAAAAUGCGAAGGUUUGAUCGUAUAAUAUUCAACUUUCCUCAUGCUGGCUUUUACGGGAAGGAAGAUAACUUGAAGAUGAUCAAGAUGCAUAUGAAUCUUGUGUCUGGUUUUUUCAAGAAUGCAAGUCACAUGCUUAGGGAAAAUGGUGAAGUUCAUGUCAAUCACAAAACUACUCCUCCUUUCAAUAAAUGGAACAUAGAGAAGCUCGCCGAACAAAGCUUUCUGAUAAUGAUCGAGUGUGCUGAUUUCAAACAGGAAGAUUAUCCCGGUUAUAACAAUAAGAGAGGUCAUAGAUAUCGAUGUGAUGACCCGUUUCCUCUUGGUAAGUGCAGCACUUUCAAGUUUAUAUACAAUCCUAAAAGUGUGAAAGACCAUUUGAGGAGAAAUCAUAUGGAGGUUUCUAGACAGCAGAUGACAAAUCUUCCAUUUCAAGUGAUUCACAACAUAGAGCAAAUCCCAGCUCCAGUUGAUCGCAACUAUCAUCCUCAAACAGUUCUCGUUCAAACAUCUAAUCAACUCGAUUACUACCCUCAGACAAGUCGCUUUCCAAAAAGGAAUGAGACGGAAAUGCAUGGAAGGGUUGCUUGUUCUGCUGACUGUUAUGCUCGCGAUAUGACACAGGACACAAAUGCAUACAAUACAAUCUCAAACAGUGUGACAGACAUACAUGGAAGAGUUGAUUCUUGUGCUGACUAUUAUCGUCAUGCUCGCGAUAUGACACAGGACAGUCAAAGAUUGCUACAACCAAUGGAGUCAAGUUACAACCAAUCUUUGCAACAAUGGCCGACACCGACUAAUUGUAGACUUUGUUUGACACAACCCCGUAGAAGAAUGGAUGUUGCUCCUUCCAUGCCACUUGGUGCUAGAAAUGAUGGCUACCACCAAUAUCAAGUCUUUGAAAGAAGCUCAACAUAUUUGGAAGAAGUUUAUAGAAAUGCUCAGAGGUCAAGUUUUUUGUAUGAUAUAGCAAGGCAUGACUUGGAAAGGUACAAUGCUGAAGUUUCUAGGAGAGAUUUUAGAAGAAGAGAAAUCUAUGUUAUACAAUGA